AGAAAGAGCGAGACAGAGAGACCAGAAGGACACAGGGAGGAGGGGGAGAGAAGGGAGGGAGGGGCUACUACAAAUAGCCCGGGGCGGUAGGUUCUUCCUCAGUGCUCUUCUCACCAGGCUCUGUGUGUCCACCAACAUGGCCUGCUACAGCUCCUCCGCCCAGGCCACCUCCUCCUACCGCCGCACCUACGGUCACACCGGCUACGCCACGCCCUCCCUCAACCGCUCGCUGCUGGGCCACGCCGCCGGCGGAGGGGGCCACGUCACCUCCAGGGUCUACGAGAUGGCCCGGAGCAAAUCGACGCCAGCCUACCGGGUCUCCUCCAGCUACUACGGCAGGGGGCCGGUGGCGUCAUCGAGGGCCUCCGUCGCACGCUCCUACGCCGGCAUGGGCGAGACUCUGGACUUCAGCCUGGCCGACACCCUCAACCAGGAGUUCCUGACCACGCGGACCAACGAGAAGGUGGAGCUGCAGCACCUGAACGACCGCUUCGCCAGCUACAUCGAGAAGGUCCGCCGCCUGGAGCAGCAGAACCAGGCGCUGACGGUGGAGGUGGAGCGCCUGCGCGGCCGCGAGCCCGCGCACGUCGCCGACCUGUACGAGGAGGAGAUGAGCGAGCUGCGGAGGCAGGUGGACAUCCUGACCAAUCAGAGGUCGCACAUAGAGAUGGAGCGGGACAACCUGGCCGACGACCUGGAGAAGCUCAAACUCAGACUCCAGGAGGAGAUUCACCAGAAGGAGGAAGCCGAGAACAACCUGGCUGCUUUCAGGGCGGACGUGGACGCCGCCACUCUGGCUCGCCUGGACCUGGAGAGACGCAUCGAGACGCUGCAGGAGGAGAUCGCCUUCCUGAAGAAGAUCCACGAAGAGGAGAUCCGCGAGCUGCAGACCCAGAUGCAGGAGACUCAGGUUCAGGUCCAGAUGGACAUGUCCAAGCCCGACCUGACGGCGGCACUGAGAGACAUCAGAGCCCAGUACGAAGGCAUCGCCGCCAAGAACAUCUCGGAGGCCGAGGAGUGGUACAAGUCCAAGGUGUCUGACCUGAACCAGGCGGUGAGUAGGAACAACGAGGCACUGAAGCAUGCCCGGCAGGAGACCAUGGAGUUCAGGCACCAGAUCCAGGCCUACACCUGUGAGAUCGACUCACUCAAAGGCACCAACGAGUCCCUGAUGAGGCAGAUGCGGGACAUGGAGGACCGGCACGGGCGCGAGGCCGGCGGCUUCCAGGACACCAUCACCCGGCUGGAGGGAGAGAUCGCCAACAUGAAGGACGAGAUGGCGCGCCACCUCCGCGAAUACCAGGACCUGCUCAACGUCAAGAUGGCGCUGGACGUGGAGAUCGCCACCUACAGGAAGCUGCUGGAAGGGGAGGAGAGCAGGAUCACCUUGCCUGUGCAGAGCUACUCCACCCUGAGCUUCCGAGAGACCAGCCCCGAACACCAGCAGCGUGCCACCGAGAUGCAUUCGAAGAAAACUGUCCUCAUCAAGACCAUCGAGACCCGCGACGGAGAGGUUGUCAGUGAGUCGUCGCAGCACCAGCAGGACAUCAUGUAACCACCUGCAGAAGUUAAAGAACAGGAACACACACACACACACACACACACACACAAAAAAAGAAGAAAAAAAA